AUGACAUUCGCAACGCUACGCGCCCUGCAAGCCAUCAUCGCCGAUGGCAUUGAUGCAAUCGAGCGCGCGUACGCAGAGGCGUCUGAGGAAGCUGCAGGAGAUGCUGUCAAAUUUGGAGCAGAAUACGCCAGCCCUGAAACGCCGCCUCCGUCUCCACCACAUGCUCGGUCUACAAGGCCUCGUCGCACUACCACCUGCUUAGACUAUCCUUCGCUUGACUCUCCCGGUGACCCGACUUCAUCUGCUGAGAAGCUCUCGUCUCAUCCGGCCGUGCUUUCUGCCGCUACCAGGGUCGUAUCUGCCGCCAACCAACUUGCCACUGUGCUACGUGUACCAUUUCUAACGCUUUGCGAUGCGGGUCUCGGUUACCACCUACCAUCUUGUUUGGGCUUCUUUGAGGCUGCUCACAUCCCGGAACUUCUACGUGAUGCCGGAGAGGGCGGGUUGCAUGCAGAACUUAUAGGCAAGAGGAUCAAUGUCGAUGCUAGUCGGACGAGCCACAUUCUUCGUCUACUUGCAACGCAACACAUACUACGCGAAGUUAAACCGGAUGUCUUUGCCUUGAACCGGGUGUCCGCUCUGCUCGAUUCCGGGAAGCCGUUUGAAGCUUUGGUUGCUCGCGAGGGCGAGAAAUACGACGGGCAAGGGCAAACAGCCGCCUUCUUUGCGCUAAACGCAGACGAACUAUUCAAGACCUCAGCAUAUAUGACGGACUUUCUACUACCUCAUCGUGUCAAGACCGAGGAGCCGCUACCUGCGCUACCAAUACGCCAUACAGGCUCGUUCACAUCUCUACUUCCGCCUGCUAACAUCACGCCUGGUGUUCGCCGGCGCGAUUGGGAUGAAGUCGACCCACCAACGAACCUGUUUUCGGCCGUCGAUCUUACCCCCAAGUCUCCUGCUACUCCCCGACGUGGCAUCCGACGGCUGCUAUCGCGCUCCGUUCUAGACGUACCGAGAUCGCGAUCUCCAUCGUCAUCAUCUCAGGUUAUCAGUAUACCGCAAAGCCCCACCAGCUCUCGCAAGCCGUCCAUCGCCUCUUUCGCUCUCGAUCUCGCGCCUCCGCUCGAGCCCGGUGCCUUGAUCGGCGCCAAUGCACAAUCUGCGUAUGCUACGACGUUCAAUCUUGCUUUGCGGACAAGGACGCCUUACUGGGGCUGGCUUGAACUGCCGGAGAACAAGCAUAGACUCGCAAGAUUCGGACGGGCCAUGGGCGGUAGUGCUGGUUGGGAAGGUGCUGCCAUGGACGCGCUCUGUGGACCACCGUUUCCGUCGCUGCCCGCCGGCGCCUUGGUCGUGGACGUGGGAGGCGGUAUCGGCAGCGCGAGCAUGCGUCUUGCUCAGCGCUUCCCUUCCUUACGACUAAUCAUACAAGAUCGUGCGCCUGUCUGUAGGCAUGGUGAGCAGGCCUGGCGCACGAAGAUGCCGGAGGCUUUGGAUACAUCGCGCGUCCGAUUCCAAGCACAUGACUUCUUUACUGCGCAACCGGCCUCCACCGGUCGUAUAGGAGCGUUUCUUGUUCGCGUCGUCUUACACGAUUGGCCAGAUCUGGAAGCGGCGCGUAUCCUACGUCGCCUGCGUGCUUCUGCAUCGCUCGGCUCAGAUCAAGAAUUGCCUACCUAUCUCGUCAUAGGCGAGCACAUUCUACCAUAUGCGAACACGAGCGAACGCGAAGGAGAGAACCCUGAAACGAAGUCCGCUCUGGAUGGCUUAGAUGCAGUUGAGGGGGCAGAAGAGGCGUUACGACUCACAGGGGCCACAUGGCCACUGCUUGCGAACCUCGGUACAGCGAGUGCCAACGCCUAUUGGAUGGACAUGACGAUGCAGACCAUCUUCAACGGACAGGAACGCACAUUACCGGAGCUUGUCGCCUUGUGUCUGAGCUCCGGAUGGAAGGUCAUCCGAGCGACGCGCGUACCAGGCAGUACAUUCGGCCAUCUAGUGGCUGUCCCUACUACCUUCACAGCUGAAGACUUGGCGGAGGCUUACAACGAGGUCAACGUCCCGCGUCCAAGUUCUCCCGUCAUCAUCGAUCCCUUCGGCUCAAGCCGUCGCUUGCCGUCGCCCCGUACUCCAGCAACCCAGGGACGUCCCAGGCGCGGCUCACUGUGGUCACGUUGGAUGCGAACUCAUACAGGAUCUUCUCGAGAUGCGCCAUCUGAGGACGCUAUGUAA